GAGGCCUUCCGCCAGACACUUUUCGUGCGUGCGGCCGACGCUGAACUCCUCAUCAGCUCUGGAAGCUAUUGAUAAUAGAAUCAAAAAGUUGCAGAGGGAAGCCCAGCUGAGCCCCGAAGACAGCUCGUUGCUUGACAGACCGGAACUUUGGCAAGGCCUGCCAGACCAAAAAGUCCUAGAGUUGUACCAGCAGAGAAAAAUCAAUCUCGGAAAGCACUACCGGCGUAACAAAGAUGAACUUGCCGCUCUGGUUGCCGCCUCCCCAGAUAUCUACACGGCAGAGAUGGCUGCACGCGCAUACACUGCUGAGGAAGGAGAUAUGUUCAGAAACCAGCUCAACUACCAGUCGAAGAUGUAUCACAACAAAGGUAGCUUCAUGGCUGAUGAGAUUGAAGAGGAUGAAUACGAUGAAUACCCAACAGACGUCCAGGAAGUGGUCGAAAACUUUAGAGACCACCUGGACUUCAACAGAGUGGCCGCAUACGAGUUGCCGCUCCUGACCAAAUACAGAAAGGAGUACGUGCCGCCGAAGAAGGGAGAGAAACCGGUCAUCUACCGGUACACCAAGUACUUCGGCGAGAGCCAUCCUGCUGAGCGCAAGGUGUCGGUGUCGGUGAAGGUGUCGGAGCUUCCCUUGACUCGAGAGGAACGACACAAGUUCAAGCUGCUGGCCGGUGUGAGAUACGACCACGUGAGGGACAUCUUCAAGAUGUCCAGCGACAAAUACUUGGAGCCUGCCCAAAAUGCUUCGUUCCUGUCCGAAGUGAUGGACGAUUUGAUUGCCGAGGCCAAAAGAGAUGCUCACAAGUAUGCCGAUGUUCCUCUCGACAAAAGACACACCAAGGCGAAGUACAAAAAGAAGCAGCACCGCAAGAGACGUGUUUACGAGUUUCCGAAGGAGUGGGAGCGUCCAAUCGCGCCGGAGUCCAAACAGGUCGACUGGCAGCAGAUGCUCACUGAGUAAUGUACAUAGACACGAGAUAUAUUUUUUCAUCCACAUCCGUACACCGCGUUCUGACCACCGGUGAGCUUUGAGAAAAAAAUAAAACAAGGUCGUCUGAUACACCGAGCAUGCCUCCACGCAAAGCGAAUCGUCGCAAGGGCAAGAACAUUUUGGGCAAAGGAAAGUCGAAUUCUUUGCCUGCAGGGACUGUGGUGACGGGAUUGCCGUCAGAAACGCUGCAGGCAGUUCUUCUCGAGCUCAAUUUGAGUUACGACUCGAGUCUCGGUUUGCUGCAAGGAGACAGCAUGUUUUCGACCCCGUCGGAGGCCAAGCUCACAGCAUUGAAGAAGCUGCUCGAAAAACUGAUUGGAGAGCUUGAGUCUGGAGUGGAAACCGACAAACGGUUGAUAGCGUCGAUCGACUCAGAAAUUUCGCAGCUCGACCGACAAGAUAACCAGAACACGGCUGCAGUCAAGGAGGAAACAUCAGAGCGUCUUGUUUCUCCUGGUGUGGAGAUCAAGCAGGAAAAUGACGACGACGACGAGGACAGUGCCAUACAAAUGCCGAAGAGAAAACGGCAGAGAAUUAUCAUCACUGCUAACGGAGAGCGCAGGGAGAUUACUCCGGACUCACGUGACGAGGGGGCCGACGCUACUUCCGAGCAGCCUCCUGUUCCGAGCGAGGACGACGAGGAUGCAUUGCCGGUUGGAUCUGUUACGGUGAAGAAGGAGAGGCCAAUACUCAAGAUUACCCAGAAGAAACCAGACGAGGAGGACAAGCUGGAGGACGGAGAGGUGAUCCCAUCUGUGUAUAUUGGCAAAGAGAAGCCCGACUUCAAGAUCGACGAGCUUUUGGAAUCUGCUAGAAAUCAGCUGGAAUUAUACGACGAGCAGAAAGCACACGAGAAGUAUGGCGAUGGAGAGGAGUUCCUCAAAUACAAGUAUGCUGUUGCGGACUUCCCGCACGACGACCUCAAGGACUUGCUGCCGGGCGAAAUUCCGAUGACCGAUUUUUCCACUGCGAAGCCCAACAACAACCAGAUUGCCUUCACUUCGUUCCAGGCGUAUGUAGAACCGUUUUUCAGACCAUUUACAGAGGAGGAUAUCCGUUUGUUGCGAACGAAAUGCAAUUUAAGCAGCAAUCUGCCCCGUGACUACGACGACCAGAAGACCCCGUAUCACAUACCGCGACUGGGACCGCACUAUGCUGACGUGUGGUACGAGGAAGACCUGCGCAAUGGCCUGAUAAAGAACCCUGAUGGCAUGGGGUUCAGUUUACGCAAACAGCUGGAAAUGAACAUGUUGAGUCUCGUUGAGCCAAAGGCAUCUUCGGACAGUCUGAGCAGCGAUGUAUUGGAGACAGAGGAGGUUUCGUGUGGUCCGCUGACCUCGAGGCUUCUAUCUGCUCUCAUAAAAGAUACACCUGACAAAGACACCGGAGAUGACAGCCUUGCGGGCAGUCCUGCUGCAGAUGAGAACGGCGGCGACAGCGGUGCCGCAGACACGCUGUCUUCGUCGGCUUUGGCAGACCAGCAAGGGUGGAAGUCGUCUAUUAUCAAGACCGAUUACAAGACUCUUGAGGAGCGUUUGAAGCGGGAAUUGAGAUACAUUGGGGUGUACAUGAAUGUGGAGCAGACGCUAAACGAACCUGGGUUUGAGCAGGAUUGGGUCCAAAAUAGAGAAGAUGACGAGAUUUCCACGGAGCUGCGCCAUUUGCAGAAGGAACUCAAAGCUGUCCAGGCGCGCAACAUCAAACGCAAGAAAAAGAUCAUCCCAAUAGUGGAGGAGCAGAUUGCGUGGCAGGAGUACAUGUCUAUUUUAGAGGACCUGGAUAAACAGGUGGAGCAGCACUACAGAAGAAGAAUCAACGUUGCACCGAAAAAGGCCAAGAAACGAGGCCCAAAUGCCGGAGGCAACGCUGCCAAAGAAAAGGACGAACUGGCUAACCAGCAGCUGGUUAGCAAUUCGUCUUUCAUGAGUCUUUUGGAGAAACGCAACAAGUGGAUCUCGCGUAUUGGACCGCUAUUCAAAUCACAGAAAGAAAUGAGAAGAAUGCCUAGUGAGAGCGUCUUCAAGGACGUCAACAUGGUGGAAAAUGAGGAGGAGGAGGAAGGAGAAGAAAUCGCGGAAGAUGAUGUGCUCGACCAGAUGGACUUGGAGUAGCUACGCGAGCGGCACG